AUGCCGACGCUCCCCUUGCACCUCUCUGCGGCCCCCAGUUCCACGACCGUCGCCGCCGCCUCUCCCGCAAACCCCCUCCCACCCCUCCUGCACACGCCCCUGGGCCUCGCGCUCCUCGAGCUCCAGGGCACCAUCAACACGCCGCCGGCCACCGCGGCAACAACAUCCACUCCCGUCGGCACACUGACGUUCCCCGCCGACUUUGGGCCCGAGAACAAGCGCGUGUACAUGCACGUCGGCGCGAACCAGCGGAUGAUAGGGGAGCUGCGGAAGUUGGCGACGCCGCUUGGUGUGUUGCGGAGGCGGCGGCGGCGGAGUGAAGGGGGGGGGGGGGAGAGCGCCGAGGACGUGGUCAUGCAGGAGGAGGAGGCUGAGGAGUCCGGGAAGUGGGAUGGUGAGGAGCUGGAGGUGGCUGAGGUCGUCAGGUGGAAGUUGGUCUUUGCGGGAAGGCCGGAGCCCGUCGGCAGUGCGCCGGUCGAUGCGUUGGUUUGA